AUGAGACUUCAAUUUUUGCUUCUCCAGAACCUGGCCCUUGUGCUGUGCUAUAUCCGGUUGGCGUUUGCCGUUGAUUCCAGCUACCAUGAGGUUGAACAGCUAGACAAGAUCCCGGAUGGCUGGUCACGAGGAGAUAGACCGUUGGCCUCUAAACUUAUAAAAUUCCAAUUAGCGAUUUCCCAGCGUAACGCCGGAGAGUUCGAGCAAAAGGUUAUCGAGCUUUCGACCCCUGACCACGCCAGCUAUGGUCAACAUAUGAAAAGAGACGAAGUGAAGAAGUUCUUGAGCCCACCUCCUGCUGUUUCUGACCGGAUUAUGGCAUGGUUGCAUUCAGAAAAUGUCACCGCCAGUUCUAUCAAUUUAGAUGGCCAUUGGAUCUCGUUCACUGUCCCGAUUUCCCAGGCCGAGCAAAUGCUGAAGACACAGUUUUUCUACUUUCAUCAACAAGCCCAGCAAACCAUCGCUAUUCGAACAUUAGGUUACUCUGUGCCUAGGGAUUUAUAUCCUUACAUUCAAUUGAUCCAACCUACAACUCGAUUCGGCAAUCUCAUUCCCCAAAGAAGAUCCACUCUCGAACAGAAGCCAGUGACUGCCGAGCAACUAGCCGCUGGAUGCAAUACAACUAUCACGCCAGACUGCCUUCGGGAUCUGUAUGGAAUUGAUAACACAACCACCCAACCCGAGUGGCGGAAUCGACUCGGGAUAUCUGGUUUCCUGGAACAAUACGCUCGCCACGCUGAUUUCGAUGAGUUUAUGCAUCACUACGUCAAAAGCCACACGGGUACAAACUUCAGUGUCAUCUCGAUCAACGGUGGCCAAGACGACCAACACUCCAUGUCUGAUAGCGUGGAAGCAAAUCUAGAUGUACAGUAUUCCAUUUCGCUGGCGGAUGAAGUGCUAGCAACAUUUUAUAGCACUGGGGGACGGGGUCCUGUUGUCCCCGAAAUAAAUCAUCCAGACCCCACCGAAUCGACAAAUGAGCCAUAUCUUGAACAGCUCCAUUACUUCUUGAAUCUCCCAGAUGAAGAGCUCCCCGCGGUGCUUUCCAACUCCUAUGGAGAAGACGAGCAGAGUCUUCCGCCGUCGUACGUAAACGCGACUUGCAACCUAUUUGCCCAACUCGCUGCCCGGGGAGUUUCAAUACUUUUCAGUAGCGGAGAUGAGGGCCCGGGACGUUCUUGUGUGAGUAAUGACGGGACGAACCAAACCAGAUUUCUUCCCGGAUAUCCAGCUUCUUGUCCAUUUGUUACCGCGGUGGGUGGAACAUACGGCAUCAAUCCCGAAAGAGCGGUUUACUUCUCUGGAGGUGGGUUUUCAGAGGUGUUCCCUCGUCCCCAAUACCAGGACCAGGCAGUGAAAGACUACCUUCAUCAUCUUGGAAGUCAAUGGAAUGGGCUGUAUAAUGCUACGGGAAGAGGAUAUCCUGAUGUAUCAGCCCAGGCCACGAGUUUCAUUGUUCGAGACCAUGGCGAGUGGGUCUCGGUCCGCGGAUCGAGUGCUUCAGCACCCGUGAUUGCGGGUAUUGUGUCUCGGCUCAACUCUGCCCGUCUUGCCCAAGGUAAGCCUCGUAUGGGCUUCCUGAACCCAUGGCUUUAUAGCCACGGGCAAACCGGGUUCACGGAUAUAGUUCUGGGAAGCUCCUCAGGCUGUAACUGGACUGCUGGAAAUGCUACUAUUCAGGUACAUGAUGCGAGCUGGGAUGCCACCGAAGGGUGGGAUCCAGUGACAGGGCUAGGCACGCCCUUAUUCCGUACACUUGUGAAAUUGACAUUGUCAGAUGAUGGGUAG